AUGCCUGCUUCUUUUCUCCCGGUAGCUGCCACUUCUUCCCACGUCUUGCGCUAUUUCUUCACCGGUGUGUCAGAACUGGGCCACGGCCUGCCCCGGUUUGUCAUUGUGGGCUACUUGGAUGAUCAGCAGUUUGUCCACUACGACAGUGAUUCCCGGAGGGACUUGCCACGGGGUCCCUGGAUUCGGAAGGUGGAGGAAGACGAUGCCCAGUAUUGGGACUGGCAAAGUCAGCUUUCCCACAGCUGGGAACUCUACUUCCAACUGAGCCUCUGGAACCGCUUCAACCACACCCCGGGGUUUCACACCUGGCAAUGGAUGCACGGUUGUGAGUUACGACAAGACGGACGUAAAGAAGGCAAUUCUCAGUUUGGCUAUGAUGGGAAGGAUUUCCUCAGCCUGGAUAAAGAGACUCUCACCUGGACAGCAGCUGACUGGCGGGCCCAGGUCACCAAGCAGAGGUGGGAGGCCGAUCUGGUCUGGACUCAAGGCCGGAAGAAUUUCCUGGAAGGAGACUGCAUUGAGUGGCUGCAGAAAUACCUGAAUUACGGCAAGGAGUCCCUUCUCAGAAAAGAACCUCCUGUGGUCACAGUCACCCGGAAGGAGAGCUACGACGGACUGGAAAUCCUGAUCUGCCGUCUUUACGGUUUCUACCCCAAAGAGGUGGACGUCACUUGGAGGAAAAGUGGGGAAGUCUUGGAGCAGGAGACCUUCCGGGGUGGGAUCACUCCCAAUUCAGACAGGACCUACCACACCUGGCUCAGCAUUGAGAUCGACCCCAAGGAGAGAGAGCACUACAAAUGUCACGUAGAGCAUGAUGGUCUUAUGAACCCCCAGGAUUUCUCCUGGGAGAAGCCAGUUUCAUCUGCAACAGGGAUCCUCGUGGGCAGUGUCCUAGGUGCUCUGGCUUCUGCUGUCUUGCUGGUAAUUGGGAUCCUGUUCUACACCAAAAAAUGGCGGAAGGCCUACCAAGCUGCAUCAAAUAUAGUGGAAUGACGCAUGAAUCUGGAUCAGAGGUUUCCCUGCUGAAGGCCACAACGGCAACCUGGAAAACGUUGGACUGGCUGGGUAGAUGGGGACCUGCGCAUCUUCAUUUCCUUCCUUCCACUUCUUUGAUUCUGGUGAUCCACUGGGAGUGUUCACUGAUGCCAGAUUAAAUUUUCUUCCCUUGCAUUUUGGCUUUGACGGUGUGAGAACCAGCAC